GGCCCGCGGGCCUUUCCCUCUGUUCCACCCUCAACCGCCGCGCUACCCCCCGGAGACGAACUGACCUAAAAGGAGGGAAGGAGCUAUUUCGGAGUCCGUGUCCAGCCGCGCAUUGGGCCGCGCCGCGGCGAGCGAGCGAGGGAGGGGGCGGGUGGUUUGUGCAGCGCCGCCCGGGGCUGAAGAGGCGCCGCCGCCGACGCCGCGGCGCAUCAUGGGUGACAGAGGGGCUUUCCCCGCUGGGGCACGGGCGCGGUGCGGAGCGGAGCCGCUGCGGGCGCCAUUUUGGUGAGGUCGAGCUGGGAGCCAAUGGGACGGCGAGAAUUCAGUCCUCGAUUUGGAGGUGGAGCUAAACGAAUGACGGCCACAAUCCUAGACAGUGUCCAGCUUGAACUUUCUUCUCAGUUACAGAUCGGAGCGGUCUCCUCAGAAUGCCGCGCCACUGCUCGGUGCAGGGCUGCAGGUCCAGGGACACGCGGGAAUCCCGGAAGACUGGGAUAACAUUUCACAGGCUGCCAAAGAAAGGGAGCCCUCGUCGGUUGUUCUGGCUCGAAAACUGCUGCCGUACAAACGCGUCGGGCACCGGACCCUGGGAUCCCACUUCACAGUUUAUUUACUUCUGUUCAAAGCACUUUGAGAGGAACAGCUUCGAGCUCGUGGGAGUCAGUGGAUAUCACCGACUGAAAGAUGAUGCUCUGCCAACCAUAUUCGAACCUUCCACUCGGUGGAAGAUCGGGGUGAAGGCAACAAAGAGACAAAAGGCAACAGCAAUUGUGGACAUUGCAAAAUGCCUCGCCGUUGAGACCUCUAUACCCCUUGAGACAUACGAAGAAGCUACAGUCCUGGUGACCAAUGACGACACCCUGCUGCCGGCCAUUGAGAUCUCUGCAUGCACUUCCAUUUUCGAAUCCAGAGCAUCUCUUGCUGAGGUCAACACUUGUAAUGAGAGUGUUGUCGAACCAAUCUCCUCGUGUGAAAUAGUGGCUGAAGUACCAGUAACCGAAGUGCCUGCCUCCCCUUGUGUGAUUGAGCUGGAGGCUUUGGGCUCGGAUGUGGUGUACUCCACUGAGGCAGUGGAGUACGAAGCUCAGAUCAGUCAGUCCACGCUUACAGAGGAAGUCGCCAAUGAUGGCUCUUCUCUUCAACCUGACCACUUGACUGAACCCUCCACUGAAGCUGAACAUUUACAGGUGGAGGAGGACAGGACUCCCAUUCCUUUUGCCUUCUAUAUGGCUCGGAUCCCUAGCGCCCCUCCUCUGCCUGCAGCCUACAUCCCCAUGGAACACAGCUACACUGUGGACUGUCCUCUGUACUGGAAGAAGAGAGCAGAGGCUCUGAAGGAGGCCUUUGACAAAGCCAGUAAAGAGUUGAGAGCCUGUAAGAAGCGUGAGAACCGUCUACGGGCUCGGAUCGCCUCGCUGGUGAGGUUGCGGGGGAAGGGUCCCUGCGACAGGCCCCUCGAAUCCACUUUGCCGAUGCAGUUGGAGCACUCGAUGGAAGUGUUUGAAAUUCAAGUAUUGGGCGAGUGUGUGGAGCUUUAGUCAGAGGCGGUCAGUCGUGUGCUGCUGCUCAGCCAGGUCAGCCUUUCCUGAGAAAAGGUACAGUGAAGAGGGGGAACUGUGCAGAACGCUGGUGUAUUUCAGCACCGAACAGCGGGCUACAGAGUUACCCUCCUCGUCCCGCUCCAGGGAUCUUCCCAUGACGCUCCCCCUGAUUUUUGCCUCCCUCGGUGAGGAGGAACGCUCAACUGUCGCCUCAACAACACAUUGCACGCAAUUCAAAGUGCUUCACGGAGACAGAGCAUCUUCAAGCAGGUGGUUUCUGAGUAACAAUAAUGGGAUAUUCGGCUGCACAGUUAUACUUGCCAUAGGAGGGGGAGGGCAUACACAGAGAGAACAUAGCUUACCAGAUAUAGAGAAAAUAUACCUGUAUACGUUGCUAGCACCUGACUAAGCUUGCAUUUUAAUUUUGAUCGACUUGUACAUUAUCACUGGUUUAAAUAAAUAUCAAACUUUUACUGAA